AUGCAUUUCACUAGCUCCCCUCUCUACUUCGCCGUCGUUGGCUUGUCAUCCUCGUCUGCUGUCCUUGCAGCUGUCCUGCCCUACGGACAAUGCGGUGGCAAGACCUUCCAGGGUGAGAGCAGCUGUGCCGAGGGCUGGUCUUGUGUCAAGAUGAACGAUUGGUACAGCCAGUGUGUUGCUGGUGGUGGAGCCGGCCCAGUCCCUCCUAUUGGCACCGGUGCCCCGGCUGCCCCUACUCCUACCUUCAACGCCACUCUGCCAAUCGCCGAGCCUGCUGCGGUUGUCUCACCCACUCCUGCUGCUUCUCCCGCCAAUAACUCCGCCCCCGCGCCCAACGUCGCCGGCAACGGUGCCAACGGCGCCAAGUGCAACCUCGAUGCUGCCAUGAAGGCCAAGGGCAAGAAGUACCUCGGUGUCGCCACUGACCAAGGUCUUCUCGGCACCGGCAAGAACGCCGACAUCGUCAAGGCCAACUUCGGUUGCGUCACCCCUGAGAACAGCAUGAAGUGGGAUGCCACCGAAGGCACCCAGGGCCAAUUCACCCUCUCCGGUGCCAACUUCCUUGUCGACUUUGCUACCAAGAACGACAAGCUUGUCCGUGGCCACACCACUGUCUGGCACUCGCAACUUCCUACCUGGGUCUCCUCUAUCACCGACAAGACCAAGCUCACUGAGGUCAUGGUCGCCCAUAUCAAGAAGAUGAUGACCACCUAUGCCGGCAAGGUCUACGCCUGGGACGUAGUCAACGAGAUCUUUGCCGAAGACGGUGGUUUCCGCUCUUCCGUCUUCUACAACGUUCUCGGUGAAGACUUCGUCGCUACCGCCUUCGCCGCUGCCAAAGCCGCCGACCCAGCCGCUAAGCUCUACAUCAACGACUACAACCUCGACAGCCCCGGCUACGCAAAGACAAAGGCCAUGGCUUCGCACGUCAAGAAGUGGAUCGCCGCCGGUGUUCCCAUCGACGGUAUCGGCUCCCAGUCCCAUCUUUCUGGUGUCUGGCCCAUGUCUGAUGUCCCUGCUGCUAUGGAGCUUCUCUGCGGUUCCGCCCCUGAGUGCGCAAUGACUGAGCUCGACAUCAAGGGUGGAGCUUCAAGCGACUACAAGACUGCCUUUGACGCUUGCCUGAACCAGAAGAACUGUGUUGGUGUUACCGUUUGGGGUGUCAGCGACAAGAACUCGUGGAUUGGCGCUGCCGCUACCCCGUUGUUGUUCGACGGUAACUUCUCGGCUAAGCCUGCUUACAACGAGCUUUGCUCCGCGCUUGCUUAG